AGGUCGUCUUAUUAAUUGUGCUUUCACACUUCACUUUAAUCCUAAAUUCGAUACUUUGGUAGAGGCUGUUAAGGAUGCAACUAAUACCGGUAUUAAGGCAGCUGGUAUUGACGUACGUUUGUGUGAUGUUGGAGCAGCUAUUCAAGAGACAAUGGAGUCCUACGAAGUGGAAUUAGAUGGAAACACUUACCAAGUGAAACCCAUACGUAAUUUAAAUGGUGGUUCUUUGGAGCCUUAUCGAUUUUAUGGUGGAAAAUGUGUGCCAGUCGUACGCGGACCGGACCAAACUCGUAUGGAGGAAAAUGAAUAUUAUGCGAUCGAAACAUUCGGUACUACAGGAAAAGGUUAUGUUAUCGAUGGGGAUGAAGUUAUGUAUUUUAUGAAGAACUUUGAUGUUGGAUAUGUUCCUCUUAGGUUAGCCAGAUCGAAACAACUGUUAAAUGUAAUUGAUCGUAAUUUCAGUACACUUGCAUUUUGCCGUCGUUGGUUAGAUCGUCUAGGUGAGACAAAAUAUCUGAUGGCCCUCAAAAAUCUAUGUGAAGUGGGGUUGGUGGAUCCAUAUCCCACAAUGUGCGAUCAACGUGGUUGCUAUACUGCUCAAUGGGAGCAUACCGUUCUACUAAGACCAACAUGUAAAGAAGUUGUAUCUCGUGGGGAGGAUUACUGAGUAGCUUCGGAGUUUCCAAUUCAGGGUUCACUAUAGACGUUAUAAAUUUUGUUAUUUCACUGAGAUUUAUUUUCAUUCGAACGUGUAUCCAGGUUAUUAUUUGAUACAGCAUUUGACUAUGUCUAUCAUCAUUGUUUUGUAUUUCCAGCACAUACGAUUUUCAUUUCUCUUCCCUGUAUUUUGUAACAUUAAUUGGUGUUUUAUUUUAGCGGGAAGGUUAUAGAGUGUAU